AUGAAGCCAGCAGAGAUCAGAUUCUCUCUACAGAGACCUCUACAGCACAGAGAUCCAGACAUGGCACCUACAACCACUGCAGCAAUGACCAGUUCUCAGGAGCAUCUCACUCUGACCCACAAGCUCAGAAAGCCUGUGGUGGAGAAGUUACGCAGAGAGAGAAUCAACAGCAGCAUUGAGCAGCUCAAGUCUCUCCUGGGUCCAGAGUUCCUCAAACAGCAGCCAGACAACAAGCUGGAGAAAGCAGACAUCCUGGAGAUGACCGUCUGUGUCCUGACACAGCUGCAACAGCAGAAUCAAAAGCAGAGAAGACUGCUGAACCACUUCAACAAGCUGCAGGCUUCCUCUGAGAAGAACCUGAGAGAGGCUGACUUCUCUCUUCUGAGCUCCACAGUCCAGACCAGCAUCACCAAAGAGAAGAGUGCAGUCAACAGCGCCCCCUGGAGGCCGUGGUAGAGACCUACACACCAGAGUUACUACCAGACAAACUGAGAUGAUCAUAUUGGUCAAAGAUUACUGGAAGUGAAUU